AUGAAGGCAACUGUCAUCGCAGCCCUAGCUACCUUUGCUACUCUUGUGGCUGCCACGCCUAUAUCACCGCAGGCCAGAGCCAUGACCGUGAACAUGCAUCGCAAGAGCUUCUCUCAGAUGCUCCAGAAGCGUGAAGGGUACGAUGGAAAUAUCAUUGACAGCGUCAACUACAUCCUAGUUAUUCUCACGGAUGAAGCGGGCGUUGCCGACCCCUACCAGGACGAAGUCGAUGCCGUCAGCGAUCCGUCUGAUUCCAUGGUUGCGAUCCGGGGGGAAUGGUGGCGGGCUUUCCUUACUGCCAAUCUUUCACUCUUUGUGACAUAUUCGGACACGGUCACUAUCUUGCUGGGAUUCAACGUGGCUAGCAUGUUUCUCUCAUACGGAGCAGCAGUUCUGGAUAGGGCCCUGGUUGGGGGUGAAGUGUAG